GGGUCGAAGCGGUGCCCACCCUCUGGAGCCCGAGCCUGCGGCCCCUCCGGCCGAGAAGAGGUUCAGGCUGUGGUACGUGGGCUGGGCCUGCCUGGACCGGCGGACCACGCUGCCCAUGCUGCCCUGGCUGGUGGCAGACAUCCGCCGAAGGAGCCAGAGGGCCGAGCCCGGGCCCCGCCGGGUCCUGCUGCUGCUGGCCUCCCCAAACCUCCGCUGCCUCCCCGCCGAGCCCCGCGGGGGCCCCGGGCCAGAGGCCGGAGACCCCCGGGACCCCCCUCCCGCCGUCUUCAUCUUCGACCACAAGGCCCAGCACAUCGCCCGCUUCAUCCACAACAGCCACGACCUCUCCUACUUCGCCUACCUGAUCAAGGCCCAGCCGGACAACCCCGAGUCCCCCAUGGCCUGCCACGUCUUCAAGGCCACCGACCCCAGCCAGGUUCCCGAUGUCAUUAGCAGUAUAAGGCAGGUCUCUAAAGCUGCCCUGAAAGAGGACGCCAAGCCCAGUAGAGACAGCGAAGAUGCCUUUUAUAACUCGCAGAAAUUUGAGGUCUUAUACUGUGGCAAGGUGACUGUGGCCCACAAGAAGGCCCCGUCCACCCUGAUAGACGACUGCAUCGAGAAGUUCAGUCAGCAUGAACGACAGCGUUUGAAGGUCCUGGAUGAGCAGCGCAGCACGGAUUCCUGCCACGACCUCGCCCUCUCAGAAGGGGACGUGCCCAUCUCGCCAGCAGAUAGUCCAUUUGAGGAACUGGAUGGCAUCGUCUUUGCCACCUCUGGUUCCACGGGUCCAUCAGCAGGGGCCACCCAGACCAACCCAGCUGGCUCUCGGUCCUACUUCCCCGAGCGGAUUUUGGAAGAUUCCGGCUCCGAUGAACAGCAGGAGUAUCGGACCCGCUGUAGCAGCGUCACCGCCGUUAUGCCGAGGAAGGUCCAUGAAUCCAACUCCAAAACACACCCACGCAGAAGACACGCUAGCGCUCCUAGUCAUGUCCAGCCUUCAGACUCUGAAAAGAACCGAACGAUGCUGUUUCAGGUUGGGCGUUUUGAAAUUAACUUAAUCAGCCCAGAUUCUAAGUCGGUUGUGCUUGAAAAGAAUUUUAAAGAUAUCUCCUCUUGUUCUCAGGGUAUUAAGCAGGUUGAUCACUUUGGAUUUAUCUGCCGAGAGUCUCUUGACCAAGGACUGAGCCAAUAUGUUUGUUAUGUGUUCCAGUGUGCAAGUGAAUCCUUGGUGGAUGAGGUAAUGCUUACCCUGAAGCAAGCCUUCAGUACCGCAGCUGCCCUGCAAAGUGCGAAAACGCAGGUCAAACUGUGUGAGGCUUGCCCCAUGCACUCCCUGCACAAACUUUGUGAACGGAUUGAAGGUCUGUACCCACCUAGAGCGAAGUUGGUGAUCCAGAGGCACCUGUCGUUGCUGACGGAUAAUGAGCAAGCAGACAUUUUUGAACGAGUUCAGAAAAUGAAGCCAAUCACUGAUCAGGAGGAAAAUGAACUAGUGAUCUUGCACCUGAGGCAGUUAUGCGAAGCCAAACAAAAGACACACAUCCACAUUGGAGAAGCCCCAUCAAAUACAUCUAGUAACACAGUUCCUGAAAAUGCAGCAAGCAGUGGUCGAUUCAAACUUGACAUCCUGAAAAACAAAGCUAAGAGAUCUUUGACUAGCUCUCUGGAAAAUAUCUUCUCUAGGGGAGCAAGCAGAAUGAGAGGCCGGCUUGGAAGCAUUGACAGCUUUGAACGCUCUAACAGUCUUGCUUCAGAGAAGGACGGCUCGCCAGCUGACUCCCCUCCAGGAACUCCGCCGGCUUCCCCGCUCUCCUCAGCUUGGCAGUCAUUUCCCGAAGAGGAAUCAGAUUCUCCCCAGUUCCGGAGACGGGCACACACUUUCAGCCACCCCCCGUCUAAUGCCAAGAGGAAGAACACUGCACAGGAUGGGCGGGCUUAUGGUGUGCGCUCUCCUCUUCUGAGACAAAACUCUGUUGAACAAUACAGCCCCCGCCUAGCAUCUCGACACAUUCAAAAGGGGAGUAAAUCUUCUUCUUCCAGUCUUCCAAGUCUUCACACCUCCUUGUCUGCCCCAUCCUUCUCUGCCCCCUCUUUCCUGAAAAGCUUUUACCAGAAUUCAGGUAGACUGUCACCACAGUACGAAAAUGAAAUAAGCGAUGGGGAGGGCAGAAAGAGGACUUCGUCUAUCUGCAGCAAUGAAUCCAUAAAUGCCGGAGGGAUCACUGUCACCCCCCGUCGCAUCUCCUGGCGCCAGCGCAUUUUCCUUCGGGUGGCCUCGCCCAUGAAUAAGUCUCCCUCAGCGAUGCAGCAGCAAGAUGGACUUGACAGGAACGAGCUGUUGCCUUUGUCUCCUCUUGCUCCAACGAUGGAAGAGGAUCCUCUCUCCUUAUUCCUCCCCGAUGAGGAUGCCCCUGAGAAGGCCGGAGGGAAACAAAAUUCUGAAGAGCUUAGGAGCUUAUGGAGAAAAGCUAUCCACCAGCAAAUCCUCUUGCUUCGAAUGGAGAAAGAAAAUCAGAAGUUGGAAGCAAGUAGAGAUGAACUACAAUCCAGAAAAGUUAAAUUGGACUACGAUGAAGUUGGUGUGUGUCAAAAAGAUGUUCUAAUAUCCUGGGAUAAGAAGUUGUUGAAUUCCAGAGCUAAAAUCCGAUCUGACAUGGAAGAUAUUCAUACUACCCUAAAAGAAGGGGUGCCCAAAACCCGGCGAGGAGAAAUUUGGCAGUUUCUGGCUCUGCAGUAUCGUCUGAGGCAUCGGUUACCAAGUAAACAGCAACCACCAGAUGUUUCCUACAAAGAGCUUUUGAAGCAGCUCACCGCUCAACAACAUGCCAUCCUUGUGGAUUUAGGAAGAACAUUUCCAACACAUCCUUACUUUUCUGUGCAGCUGGGAGCAGGACAGCUGUCUCUCUUUAACCUCCUGAAAGCCUACUCUCUGCUGGACAAAGAAGUAGGUUAUUGCCAGGGAAUCAGUUUCGUGGCAGGAGUACUGCUUCUGCACAUGAGUGAAGAGCAAGCCUUUGAAAUGCUGAAAUUCCUCAUGUAUGACCUCGGUUUCCGUAAACAGUACAGACCCGACAUGAUGUCACUACAGAUUCAGAUGUAUCAGCUGUCAAGACUUCUCCAUGACUAUCACCGGGAUCUCUACAAUUACCUGGAAGAAAACGAAAUCAGUCCCAGUCUUUAUGCUGCCCCUUGGUUCCUCACACUGUUUGCUUCUCAGUUUCCACUAGGAUUUGUAGCCAGAGUUUUUGACAUCAUUUUUCUUCAAGGAACUGAUGUUAUAUUUAAGGUGGCACUCAGCCUGCUAAGCAGUCAAGAAGCCCUUAUCAUGGAAUGUGAAAACUUUGAAAGCAUAGUAGAUUUCCUCAAAAGCACUCUACCCGAUAUGAAUGCAUCUGAAAUGGAAAAAAUUGUUACCCAGGUUUUUGAGAUGGAGAUCUCAAAACAGCUUCAUGCCUACGAAGUGGAGUACCAUGUACUUCAGGACGAGCUCCAGGAUUCUCCAAACUCUUAUGAUGACAGUGAACCUCUUGAGAAAUUGGAAAGGGCCAAUAGUCAGCUGAAAAGGCAAAACAUGGAUCUGUUAGAAAAAUUACAGGUGGCUCAUGCUAAAAUCCAGAGCUUGGAGUCCAACCUCGAGGCUGUCUUAACUCGAGAGAACAAAAUGAAGAUCUUAAUUCGGUCCCUGGAACAAGAGAAAGUGACCUAUCAAAAUACGGUGGAGCAAAUCAGGAAGCACGUGCCUGCGGAGUCCCUAGCCCACUGUGAACUGCUGCUGAGAGAAGUAAACUCGAAUCCAAACGGUAAAACAAAGACAGGAAACAAGCCAUAAUUCAAGAAGCGGUGCCUCAGCAAGCAGAGUGUCAGCUACUAGGAGAAGGGAUAGUGCUGCUGAACAGACUUGAGGAAACUAAGCUAAGGGAACUGUGGAAAGCUGAGGGUUAUUCCCUGUGUUGUCAACUGUUCCACGAUGCAAAUCUCAAGCUCUUGAAAACAGACCGGCUCUGAAUCCAUGCCACAAAGGGAAAUUCAGCAUAAAAAUCAAUAUAUAUUUAGAGUGAUUUUUUUAAGUCAAAACUUUCCAGAGUCGUUACGGAGGGAAGGCAAGGCGAAACAUGAAUUGUCCUUUCGUCUAUGUAGUGAAACAAGGAUAUCGUGUCUUGAUAUUUUGAAAACUACUUGAAAAUAUGAAAUGAAUGUACAUUUUCUCCAAAGAACAGCACAUUUCACAAUUUUUGUGGAAAAAGUCUAAGUUCGCGUGUGGCUGUCAUCGAGUCUACUGACAUUGUGUAUACAUAAUGAAAGUGAUUGUGGCUGACAGUCACUCUGAAGUGGCUUAUAAAUAGGGAUUGUGUUCGACUUCAUUCUCUGCCUUCUAUGUGCCAACUAGCAUGUUGCUGUCACCUGCAGAGUGAACCUGGGCAGGCUUUUCUAGAGAGAGCUUCCUGAAAUCUGAUCACAAGGAUUUUCCAUCUUCCUCUUACAAGACAUUUGGAGGGGACAUUUGGUAUCUUGAAUUGGGGUUGAGAAGAAACAACUUUCGCUCCAAUGUCAGCCUUGUUUUCCUGCAGGGGCCAGGAUGUGCUAAUAUUUCAUUUCUCUUGCCAAAUACAGGAGCUUUAAAAUACUAUUCAAAUUUUCAAAACUAUAGCGUGCUAAAGUGAGUUUCUGUUUAAAUCAGUUUGCAGGAAAAUGUAGAAUUGAUUGUAGCUGAGAGCUAGGAAUUCUGACUUGCAGUUUUUACAGCUCAAUAUGUAAAUGUGCUUCUUAAGGGAACUAGAGGCGAUUUUUGGUGAGGGAGAGAAUUAACGAGUUUUGAAGUCCAAUGAACCUUUUUCAUGUGAAAAAUGGGUACCUGUGAAAGGUAGUACGGAAACGACGCAACAUUUUUGCUUUUAUAUGAUCCUUUUCAACACUGCUGUAUCAUAGUGUUGCAAGUAAUCUCACCAGGAGAAUGGAGUGAAUUUGGGCUGUUUUAAAAGUCCACCUUGUGAUGGAGAGUAUAUUAGAAGACACUGAAACCCAAGGUUUUGGAGAGGCAGAAAGCAUGUAUUUGGAAUGUAUCUGAACUGUUUCCUCAGAGUGUCAUCCUAAUGAAUCAUGUUACGGUAGUUACACUUGCUCUAUUUCAGAGGAUUUGUGUUGUGGUUAUUUUUGUAUAGGCUUUCCUCAGUAGAAGGGAAAUGCUGAGUGUAAUUGCUUCUAGACACCUGCCUUAUUGAAUCAGGCAUAAAAGCAGUAGAGGCCAACCUGCUAAUUUAUCUUUAUAUGGAGAGAUUUUCCACUCCCUUUGUAUUCAACAAUACUAUAAUUGGCGGAGUAAUGUCUUAUUUCCCCAGAUGCCAUUAUUUAUCUGAUGAGUAAUGGAGCAGCAUGACCUUGGGGAAAGUGCAGGAGGCUGGGAAUCACCACACUCAAGUUCUAAUCCUGGCUGUGCCACUAGGCUGCUGUGUGACCUUGGGCAAAUCACUUACUUCUCUAUGCCUC